UUUGUUUGGCAUCCGGAGCCCUACGAAGCCUGUGAUUGGACCGCCGGGAAAACACGGGCAGGUGUGUUGACAAGUUUUUGACACUGAGAACAAUGGAAAGCCCGGUGAAUGGUGCGUUAACCAAUCAAAGAGCGAUAUGCCUUAGAGGCGGUGUCAAUGGCCGUAAAGCUGAGAGGUGAUGGAGGGACAUCUGCCGACGGAGACUAAAAUAUCCCAGAUCACUGUCUUUUUAUCUCCUUCACGGUUUCCAAAACUUUAAAACCCAUCAUUGCGGAACUUGGAUUUGUUUAUUGCAUAUUUACGCUGAAAACAAGCAGUUGUGAUGGUGCGAUUUUGUAAUAUUAAUCCUUCAGAAGGCUAUUAGUUGGAUUAGUGUUUUGAAGACAACAGAAACCAAAAGGAGAUCGCUUGAUGAUUUACUUACUACUCAGUUUGUACUUUUAACAAGGGGGGAUUUCUCCGCGUAUUUACACGUCUGAGGUUUGCUGAUCACGCUAUGUGAAAACAUGACCGUGGUACUACAAUCGACCGGCUUCCAUGGCUUUGGAAUGGAUUCUGAUCCCUGUUUAGAACUCGACGAGUCCUAUUUUGCGGAUAACUGGGAAACCACAGAGGACGAGCUAACAUUUCUGUGUAGUAAUCAAUCCGAUGAAGAAGUAUUCGGCUGUGCGAGAGGCACUAAGCGAGCCAGAGAUGCUGAGGAUGCGCCUAUUCAAAAAAAUCUCUUACAUAAUACGAGCAUCGCAACUAAUCUUCUUCUGAACACAACUACAAAUCCUCAGGAACAAGGGAAAUUUCUACUGCAAUUGUCAUUCGACAAAUUGCGCCUAGUGGAAGACCCCGAAUCGUGUUUGAGGCGAUCUGUUCUGAUAAAUAACACUUUAAAACUCGUUCACAGUGAAAUCUACGGAGUUAAAACACCGUUCGGGCUUUCUGGUGCUAUGACAUUAGAUUCACAACGUAUAGAAAACGGACCUCUUCCCCCGGCCAGAAAACGCUCCAGAUUUACGACCGGGGAAUUGUGCAGCCCUCCUCGGAGUAAAAACUAUGAAAAUAGUAGAUUUUUACACCGAGAAAGGAAAUGCGAAAGAGAAUGUUGCACCCUUGUCAACAUGUUGUCUCAUGACGAUAUGGACGAUGUGUUCCCGAAUAAUAUCGACAAAGAAGCUUCAAUACUCAGUGAUUUAGAUAGCGUGUUCCAUAGCUUCGUUUGUGCCCUUGAAACAUAGAAUAGACUUUAUCUAUCCCGAAAGUUUAUGACAUUAUGACACAGGUAAUUUGAUUGAUAUGAAAUGUUUAUGUAUUCGGACAGCUCGUGUCUAGACAUAACAAAAUAAUUUAUACCACACAUGAAUAAUUUUUACAUCUAAGCCAUUAUUAUUCAAUGGACAUUUGACCUGUAAUUCUUUCGCAUGAUAAAUCUAUUUAUAUUCAAGCGCAUUAAGUCAAAUGGCCUUCAUGUAACAAAUGAACAAGGAUUUGCGGAAUAGCACCGGCCUUCUGAACUAUCAUCAAAUGUCGUAUUUAUACUCAAAAGGCCAACAAUGCUAAUGUAUAGAUAUUUUGUACAAACUAGAGAUAUACUUCUUAAAGAUAGAUCAAACUAUGAGCCUAUGACAAAAAUAGUAUUAAAAUAUUAGAAAUAUA